UACUGUGUUGGUGACAGAGACAGUGCGAAGUUUAAAGGCGCUCACUCACAUUUGCACUGCGUGAACACUUGAGAAAAUGGCUUGCCUACAUCAAUUUGUUACGGCCUUCACUGCGCCUAAGGGAUUCAGUUCGAUUGACAUACCCUGUCUAUCGACGCGCUGAGGCAUUCAGGGACUUACCGGAAACCAAACUUUUUCUUCAAACUUGUUUCGUAGCUGAGUCGAACGCGUCGAAAGAGGAAAGAAAGAGACAAGACCGUUCCGCGUCCAAACUUUUACAGUUCCUUAUUUUCUUCCUCAUAUUCGAGUCAUGUUGGAUAAUAGUUGGUUGCUGUCUAAAAGAAGUGAAAUACUGACUUUUUGUCAAGAAUAACGGCCGCCUUCGAGUGUUAUUCCUCCACACAUAGUAUAACGGAUAUUCGUUUUUAUCAUGGAAGACGAAGUGAAAGAGGACCCCACCAGGCCCAACGAGGACCCCACCAGGUCCAAAGAGACCAUGUCCACAUGGAAGGCCGGUUGGGUGAAAAAGGCCUCAGGCAGGUUCCUGGCCAGCUAUAAGGACCGCUACAUCCAAGUGGAGAGGACAGAGCUUGUGGUGUACGAGAAUGAGGACCUUGCGACCUACUUGGAGAAAGUGGACCUGGAAAACUACGAUAAGUGUCACGAGUUGAGGAGCGCCUUCACGAAGAAGAAUAGACUGGUGUUGAUACGAGCGGCCAAAUCAGGGAAUAAGGUCCAUGAUGUCAAGUUCCAGGCUCAGAACCCGGAGGAGAAGGAGGCUUGGAUUAAGGCCUUUAGUGACGGCAUCAACAGAGCAAAGAAUAAGAUAUUUGACGAGGUGAAGGUAGAUGAGACCAGUCAGUUGGAGCACGCAACACGCACAAGGCCGAAAGGAAACCGUAACAGAAGACCACCGACCAGGAUACACAUGAAAGAGGUUGCCAACGUCUCAUCAGACGGCAUUCUCCGGCAUGACCUGGAUGUGGUGGAUGCCAGCAUCCCCAACGGGACACACCAGAUCACCACAGACACCACUGAGACUCCCAAAAAGUCUGUGAAGCCCCCGAUGCCCCCCACGUCCAAACCCAGCGAGGCCCCAGAGGAGUGUCAGACCACCCAGAGCCCUGACGAAGGUCUGCCAUCUGAAACGGAGCCCAGUCCCCAGAAGGUCCUGAAGCCCCCCAUGCCGCCCUCCAAAGAGGCCGAGACGGCUGCUGCUUUUGCAGGGGACCAACUCCCUGAUGAGACUAGCACUGACAGAAGCCCAGAGAAAAAGGUCCUGAAGCCUCCUAUGCCGCCCUCCAAAGAGGCCAAGCCCACAGUGUCUGCCGAGGACCAACCACCUGGGGAGACCAGCCCUGAAAAAAAGGUCCUGAAGACGCCCAUGCCACCCUCCAAAGAGGCCAAGCCCACUGCUCCAGCCGGAGAUCAACCCCCCAGGAACACCAGCCCCGAGGGCAGCCCAGAGCAGGGCUUUGAGUCAGCACCACCGCCCACCCCUCCCGGCAAACCAAUCGGCGGCUCCACAGACAACCUGGCCAAGGCCUCCCAAUCCAGCCAGGAACACAGGCCGCCCACCCCACCAUCCAAAGACAAGAAGCCCACUCAGACAGCCGUGCAGGAGAGUACAAAGGAGGCUAGUGGGAUGAGGAAGAAAGGUGAAGAGGAUGAAGUAGAGGAGAAGGAGGAAGAGGGUUCUGAAACGAUUGCAUCUGACGUUCAACAAAGCAGUAUCCUUGAGGGGGCUGAGGAUGAGGAGUCUCCUUCCUCUCAGCUUACAACACCCAUGACCCCCCUAGAGGUCAAAGUUGAACCCUCUGUGACUGACCACCCAGAGGUCACCACCACCACAUUAGAAGAAGAGACGCAGAAAGUUGCCAAGCCCAUGGCUCAAGAACAAGAGUCUGCCCCUAGUGGUGGAGUGGAUAUAUCCCCCAAUGAAGAACCUCAGACAAUGAAGUCUUCCCAACUCACAGUAACGCCGUCAGUUCAGACACCGGAGCCAAUCAAAAAGAGCCCUGGCCCUCCCAGACCUCCCACAAAGAAGAAGCCUGUCGUCCUCCCUCCUCCCAAAGCAGUGGUGGUGCCUCAAGACGUCCACCUAAGCGAGCCUAAGAACCAAGCGACAGACAAAACCAAGAACAUCAUCAUCACCACCACACCAGGAGAGAAACUCAACUCUAUCACUUCACCAACACCAGCCAUGGUGACCACAACCAGUCCAACUGAAGAAACAGAGGACCUGAAAGUUCCUGUGGUCGUUGAAACUAAGUCUGAGUUCCCAGUCGUAGUUCUCUCUCUGAGUGACCCUGAGCCAGACAGCUCCUGCUCCAGCCCCAUGUCCUGCCACCUCUCCCCGGAAAAGAAGAGUGAGCGUGAAGAGGAAAAGUCAGUCGACAGCGGCCAACACUCGGACAUCGAUGUCGAUGAAGAAUGGUCAGAGAGCAGGGACACUUUGGCAGCCUCCACCGCUGCCCUAAUGGGCAGCCAAGCUGGCCUGGACGCGCUGAUGGAUGAAGACGGAGACACGGAGAACCCUGGUAGCUUGGGACUCAGCACUGUGGAGGACUGCCCUUCUACGACCCAGACCCCCCAGGACAAUCACUCUGGCCUACACUCCACCUUCCUCCAGAUGAGGGUCAGUCAGGCCUCCCAUUGUCCCCCCAUCCCCUUCAAACCCUUAGCCAAGCUCAUGUCCACCUCUUUGGGGGAUCUCCUCUCUGAGGCCUCAUUGGGUGAAAACAUGAAACAGCCAAUCACAGACGUGUCCGUGACAAAGGCCACCGUGGGUCCUCAAAACUUAACAGAUCUUGAAAAUGAAGUGGCCCUGAAGCUGGAAAAUACAGAGGAGCUCCUGGGGAGCGUCGUCCCCAAAGGGAGCACCGAGGUUGGGCAGAACUCGGCCCUAGCGGAGGGCAAUAGCCUGGAGGACAGGUCGCCGGAGGAGCUGCUAGCCAGAGCCAUGGAGAAGCUGAGGAAAGCAGACCAGUUCCUCAGGCAGGCCAAGCAUAUAAAAGACUCAAAACAUUCUGAGAAUACUGCCAAGAGAAACAGCUGGUGAUUGUUAAAUAUGAAGGAGAAGUAGGGAAAAUGUAUUGAUUAAGGGUGAUGGAAAGUAGUAGCUUGGAAGGACGACAGGUGUUUUCUUAUUCUGGCUGAUUAUGCAGCAUAUUUAUGCAAGUGUUCUGCUGAGAUUUAGCUAAGUGCAAUUUUUUCAACUUUCACUUUUCUCCUGCAAAUGGAGGUUGAUUGUACUUUUUGUACUUAAAAAUGUAUUUUUACAUUCCACAUUGAUCAUCAUCACUUUCCCAAGGAUAUUUACUUGAAUACUUACAACCCCUGAUCAAACUUUUUAAUGAUACGUUUUAAGGAUGUUUCAAAAUGACGUAAGUCUUAGGGGAUGUCGGAAGAGCCUACAACUUUUUGUAAUCCACGUUUUGAUGUAUGAGGUGGGUUGUGUUCAUGUAGUUGUAGUAAUCAUGUAUGAGGUGGGUUGUGUUUAUGUAGUUGUAGUAAUCAUGUAUGAGGUGGGUUGUGUUCAUGUAGUUGUAGUAAUCAUGUAUGAGGUGGGUUGUGUUCAUGUAGUUGUAGUAAUCAUGUAUGAUGUGGGUUGUGUUCAUGUAGUUGUAGUAAUCAUGUAUGAGGUGGGUUGUGUUUAUGUAGUUGUAGUAAUCAUGUAUGAGGUGGGUUGUGUUCAUGUAGUUCAUGAAAAUAUAAUUUUCUUCAGAAGUUAUUUGUCUUGAAUAACUACUUCCAAGUGUUAAAAGAAUAUUCAGGGCUUUUAUAAAAUGUCUGAGACAAGCUCUGCCAGUCCAAAUCUCAAUGGCAGGAUGUACAUCAAAUUUGACAACACACCUAUUUUACAAGCCUCCCUUCUGACCACUAAGGGCCCCAUUUAUUCAACAUUUGCACUUUACAUCAGGUAUCAAUAUUGCACAGUAAGUUUACCAUCGGGAAUUGGACAUAAAAGGUUAAAUGAAAAGGUAAGAAUAAAGGUUCAGAAAGUGAAUCAUUUAUUAAGUAUAAAUGAAGACAGUUCGCUGUUGUAGCUUUGGUGUUUCAUCCAUUAAAAACAGGUGCAAACUUUUCACCAGUUCCAAAUGCAUAGCAAAUGUGACCUUAACUCUGUUCUGGAAAAUACCUAUCAGGCUAGGAUUAUUUACCAUUUCACAAAAGGUUUCAGACGGCACAUUGCAAAACAGGAACUACACUCUUAGAAA